UCCUAACUGCAAAUGUGCUGCCUUCUCCACUAAAGCUACGCCGAUAACAUCUGGUGUAUUAAAAAGAAAUACUUUGCCAACUAGAGGCACCAUAAAGUGACUUGAUCAAUUCGUCGUGAUUAUAUCCUUGAAGAUUCUUUUGGUCAACAUGGUACACUUCGGUCAAGUGAUAAUGGGACCACCCGGUUCGGGCAAAUCUACUUACUGCGCAGGUGCGAAACAGCUUCUGACAAGAUUAGGACGUCCUACAGCAAUAAUUAAUUUAGAUCCACAGGCAAACGUAUUUGAGUUACCGUAUAAACCGGAUAUUGAUAUCCGCGAAUUAGUGGAUUGUUGUAAUGUGGCCAAUACGUAUGAUUUGGGGCCAAAUGCAUCCUUGUUGUUUGCAAUGGACUACCUGCUUGCAAAUUUGGAUUGGCUUAUACAGAAGGUACAUUCAUUGGGCAAUGUAUACCUCCUUUACGAUAUACCAGGGCAAAUAGAGUUAUUUACCCAUCACACAUCUCUCAAGAAAAUAGUAGAUACUCUCCAGUGUAGGCAUGAUCAUAUACUUACCGGGGUCAAUCUAAUAGAUUCUACACUCUGUGCCGAUCCAUACAAGUAUGUUGCAGCCUUAUUGGCAUCGUUGAGUUGUCAAAUUUUUAUACAUCUACCUCAUGUUAACGUCCUAAGCAAAUUGGAUGUGCUAUGUAUGAUAUCGCAAGAUUUGGCUUUCAAUCUAGAAUUUUACACUUCCGUAGCUUCUUUAGAAGAAUUAUUAUGUCAUUUCAAAAACUCGUUUUCGUAUCGGCAUGAUGAAAGUUUCGAAAGGUUCGUUAGAGCCCUAUGUGAGUUGGUUGAUGAUUUUAAUCUCAUAUCCUUUGCCACACUGGAUGUUCAAAACGUUACAUCCAUGAUUAAAUUGUUAAGAGUCAUAGACAAAGCAAUGGGCUACCUAACAACAGGAGGCAUAGAUGAUUAUAAUAUAGAUGAGUAUUUAGAAAUUGAUUACAGAGCCAGCCUAUGUGUUGAAACUACAAAAAAUAAAUUUCUUGAGGGAUAAUAAGGACAUGUUUAUUCACAGAGUUUUGGUGUAGUAUAUCGGGUAUACUCCUUGUUACACUGAUUCAAAAAAGGGUAUUUGCCGAUCGUACUG